AUGGUUCCCAAGGCUGCUUCGUCCAAGGAGAAGGGUGACCCGGCCACGCCCAAGAAGGACGUGUCUGGCACCCCCAAGGCUCCCAAGGCUCCUAAGGUCCCGAAGACUCCCAAGUCUGAGGACAAGGACCUGCAGUUCCUCUGGACUUGCAUUCAGAACACCGGACCUAACGGCAGCGUCAACUACAAGGCUGUCGCUGAUGUCUACGGCAUCAAGAUCCCUACCUGCCGCAUGCGCUUCACUCGUCUGAAGGCCCGCCUUGAGGGCAUGCCCAAGACUGUGCCUGAGGAUGACGGCGUGGCCGCCACCGAGGGCGAGGGCCAGACUGAUGCUGAUGGCAGCACCAGCCCUACCUUUGAGGAUAUCAUGCGGGAGGUCAUGCAGGAGGAGUAA